GGUCCCCUCAGCCCCAUGCCCUCUGGUCUCUCUUGCCCUGCUCUUGACCACCGGAGCGCGCGCCGCGUUGCCACGGAAACGCCGGGCAGGCGCGGCGGCGCGCACAGCGCGCUCUCGCCUCCCGGUAGAAGUGGCGGCGGCUCCUGUUCCCGCGCGCCCUGGCGCCCCGGAGCCGCGCUCGUUGGGCUCCCACCCCGGGUCUCCGGCGGGGAGCAGAGCAAGAUGUUGAGGCGCAACCUGGAAGACCGAGAUGCUCAAACAAAACAACUGCAGGAUGCUGUCACCAAUGUGGAGAAGCAUUUUGGAGAGCUUUGCCAAAUCUUUGCUGCUUAUGUACGGAAAACUGCCAGGCUUAGAGACAAAGCCGACCUCCUGGUGAAUGAAAUCAACAUGUAUGCCUCUACCGAGACCCCACAUUUAAAGCAGGGUCUGAAAAACUUUGCUGAUGAGUUUGCCAAACUUCAAGAUUACCGCCAAGCAGAGAUGCUAAUGAACAUGACAAAGGUAGGCAAGGGAAAGAAGCCUCUAGAACAGGUUGAAAGACUUGAAGCCAAAGUAGUUGAACCUUUGAAAGCUUAUGGAACCAUUGUAAAAAUGAAACGGGAUGACCUCAAAGCAACAUUAACAGCAAGGAAUCGAGAAGCCAAACAGUUAUCGCAGUUAGAAAGGACACGCCAACGAAACCCAUCUGAUCGACACGUAAUUUCGCAGGCAGAAACUGAAUUACAGAGAGCCACAAUUGAUGCUACCCGAACAAGUCGUCAUUUGGAGGAAACUAUUGACAAUUUUGAAAAGCAGAAAAUAAAGGACAUAAAGAACAUAUUUUCUGAGUUUAUAACAAUUGAAAUGUUAUUUCAUGGCAAAGCUCUAGAGGUCUUCACUAGUGCAUACCAAAAUAUACAGAAGAUCGAUGAGGAUGAAGAUCUAGAGGUUUUCCGAAAUUCUCUGUAUCUACCAGAUUAUCCAUCUCGUUUAGAUAUUGUAAGAGCAAAUUCAAAGUCACCUCUUCAGAGAUCAGUGUCAACUAAGUGCACAUCUGGAACUGGACAGAUAGGCACCAGCCGAACAAGAAAAGACCAACAAGUAGAAGAUGAAGAUGAUGAAGAGUUAGAUGUGACAGAAGAUGAAAACUAAUUUUAAGAAAACUCCACAUUUCCGUUUUCAUGUUAAGUGAAAUCCAUGAUCACUUUAUACACACUCACUCAACAGGUUAAACUUCAAAAUGAAAUACUACUAUGGAAAGGGGUGGUGGGGGGAGGUAAAGGCAAUUAUGCUCACCAAAAGAAAAGACAAGUUUUUUUAAUGUUCCAUACCAGUCUUUUGUUGUUCUUCUCAAGACAGAGUUUCUCUGUAUAAGAGCCCUGGCUGUCCUGACACUCAUUCUGUAGACCAGGCUGUCCUGGAACUCAGAGAUCCUCCUGUCUCUGCCACCCGAGUGCUGGGAUUAAAGGCGUGCACCACCACUGCCGGGCUCAUACUAGUCUUUCAACAUCCUAUUUUGGUAGCUUAUUUUUCUGUAUAUGUUCUAUUAAACAAACAAAGGAUAUGUAUUUCAAAGCAUUUCAGAUUUAAUGCAGUGUGUGUGUGUGUGUGUGUGUGUGUGUGUGUAUUAAAGAUGCAAAAGGAAUCAGAUAACAAAAGGAUUGAAUAAUUCCUUUCAGUUCCUUUUAGGUUAAAACUUUGGGUUUUGAAUACUAUAAGAGGUCAUUUAAUAAUUCUAUGCCAUAAUGCCUUAAGUAAAAAGACUGCUUCUUUUACAUUCAUCAUAACCUUAUGUUUCAUCAUUUGGUGUGUAAAUUUAGUGUCUUCAGCAAAAAUGUAGCUAAGUAAAAGGUGUGGAAUGCUGACAUUGGGUUUUAUAAAUACACAACUUAAAAGGAUGUGUUCAACCUUUGUGGUUUAAAACAAACUGACUCAAAGCACUGUUCACUCUACUUGUGCAAGUCACUGAUACUCGGAGGGCAAGUGAUUUGUUAGAAAUGUGCCUCUCUCAUCAUAGAAUGCCAUGAGCCACUAACACACUCUAUCAGGCCACCAGUCAAUAAACAUGUUUGUACUUUA